GGACUAAAUAGGAUCUACCUUUUCAGAUGGUAGUGCUUGAUUAGAAUGAGCUCUCCACCUCCACCCCAAUCUAGCAAUGUCUGCACACAUUUUGCCUAUGUGGGUUUCUCAAAGCACGGGUCCGCCUACUUUAUUUUGUUCCAACCCUCAUUUUCGACUUCGAGUUAGAAGAUGACAUUUCUAACUCCCAGAGUCUGCAUGAAACUGCUUCCUUCCUCUUAAGCCUCGGUCCUCUACUCAGCGUUCAGGCUCCGGCUGGGUCCUUACGUUUAGGAGAGGGGCUUCCUCUCAAGGAUGUGAUCCAGGAACGGGGUAUCCCACUGGUCUGCAUUCUCAACUGCUGGAGAGUUCCACCUCUGGGGGGAGAGAACGGCUCCCCGACAGUGACACACCACAAGCUCUUUUGGGUCCUUGGGCAGAAUGGCAAGCCAGCAGGCACACUGAGCAAGACACCAGUAGGCUUGGGCAGGUCUCAAAAGGGAUCUUAUUAGUCUGGCCCUAUUUGGAGAGCAUUUGUUCCUCUAGCGCAAGCCAUGGUCAAACUACAAGGCAGGACAUCUCAAACACCAGAACCACUGGGGGACCGGUUUGGUGAGUCUUAAGUCGGCCUCUCUCUCCCAGGCCAGGAGCUCCCUCCAGCUUCCCAGGCACCACUUCUAUCUCCCUCCAGCUUCCCAGGCACCAGGUCUAUUCGGCUAGCCGGUCCCAAGAAACCUCAAAGGUUGGUCUGGAGGCUUGCUGCAAGGGUGAAGAGGGAGGUGCGGCUGCUAGGUUUCCUGCCACAAUCUCUGGGUUGAGUCAGGCCGGCGGCUGGGCUGGUCCUGCAGCAGGCACGCUGAACAGAAAGGGCUGUGGUUAAUGAUUGACCCGUGGGAGACCUCUUGGCUUCCCUCCUGGAAGGCGACCGGGAGGCCCGUGCCAGGGACCUGGAAGGGUGAGGAGGAGCUACAGCCAGGCAAAGUACUGCGGGUCUCACUCUGAGUUGGGUGCGGAGGUCAGAGCCUCCUUCCCUGACUUGUCCCUCUUCACUCCAGAGAGCUAUUUCCAAACCCCACCACCACUCACUGACGCCGCCGGGAUCCUGGGGUGAAUUAUUCCAGGAAGUUUCAAUGAGAAAGCCGAAAAACUAAGUCACCCCUGGCCAGCCAAGCCCAGUGACGGAAAGUGCUGCGCCCACGCUGGUGAGUUGCAGGAUUUCUCUGGGAAGAGUAAGGAAAGUAGAGACGUUUGGGGAUCUGGUAGCCUGGCUCUCUCUUCCUCAUGGCUUCAUCCAGUGACUCUAGCAAUGUCUGCUCCAGUGUCAUCGACCACAGCCACGUCCGCGAAUUUGAGGUGGCCCCUUGGAUCAAAAUCACCCUCAUCUUGGUGUACCUGAUCAUCUUCGUGGUGGGCAUCUUGGGCAACAGCGUCACCAUCAGGGUCACGCAGGUAUUGCAGAAGAAAGGCUAUUUGCAGAAGGAGGUGACAGAUCACAUGGUCAGUUUGGCUUGUUCAGAUAUCUUGGUCUUUUUGAUUGGCAUGCCCAUGGAGUUCUACAGCAUCAUUUGGAACCCCCUGACCACACCCAGCUACCCGCUGUCCUGCAAGCUCCACACGUUCCUCUUUGAGGCCUGCAGCUACGCCACCUUGUUGCACGUGCUGACCCUCAGCUUUGAGCGCUACUUUGCCAUUUGUCACCCCUUCAGGUACAAGGCCGUGUCUGGACCUUGCCAGGUGAAACUGCUGAUUGGCUUCGUCUGGGUCACCUCCGCCCUGGUGGCACUGCCCUUGCUCUUUGCCAUGGGUAUCGAGUACCCCCUGGUGUCUGUGCCCACCCACAGAGGACUCAACUGCAACUUCACUCGCACCCGCCACCACGAGCAACCUGAGACCUCCAAUAUGUCCAUCUGCACCAACCUCUCCAGCCGCUGGACCGUCUUCCAGUCCAGCAUCUUUGGGGCCUUCGCGGUUUACUUGGUGGUCCUGGUGUCUGUGGCUUUCAUGUGCUGGAAUAUGAUGAAAGUACUCAUGAGGAGCAAGCGGGGUACUCUGGCAGGGGCCGGGCCACAGACGCAGCUGAGGAAGUCGGAGAGUGAGGAAAGCCGGACGGCGAGAAGACAGACCAUCAUAUUCCUGAGACUGAUCGUGGUGACACUGGCUGUGUGUUGGAUGCCAAAUCAGGUUCGGCGGAUCAUGGCUGCAGCAAAACCCAAACAUGACUGGACCAAGUCGUACUUCAAGGCAUACAUGAUCCUUCUCCCCUUCUCCGACACGUUCUUCUACCUCAGCUCAGUCGUCAACCCUCUCCUGUACAAUGUGUCCUCUCAGCAGUUCCGGAAGGUGUUUUGGCAGGUCCUCUGCUGCCGGCUGACUCUGCAGCACGCCAACCAUGAGAAACGCCUGCGUGCCCACUUCAGCUCCACCAAGGACAGCACCCGCUCAGCCCGCAGCCCACUCAUCUUCCUAGCCUCCCGGCGGAACUCUUCCUCCAGGAGAACGAACAAGGUGUUCCUGAGCACUUUUCAGACCGAUGCCAGGCCUGGAGAAGCUAAGCCCCAGCUCUUGAGUCCUGAGUCAUCACAGACAGCUGAUUCAACCACGGAAAAUGGUUUCCAGGAGCAGGGGGUAUGAGCAUCAAGUUCAGAAG